AUGGAAUCUGAAUAUGUGAGUGGAAGCAAUGAGCAUGUAAAGAAAAACUCUGAAGUUAGGCAUGAAGAUGGCAAACUACUUUUGGAAGCAAAGGCUUCAGGCUUUUCUUCUGCUGUAUUUUCUUCUUCUAGUUCUUCACUGGAAUUAAAUUCUGGUGAAAGGGAUCAUCUUGAUGAUUACUCUGCCAAAACGGGACAUGAAGGACCUCUGCCAUCUGAACCAGAACCCUUAUUAUCAUCAUCACCAUAUGUUUCUGAUCAGACACCUAACUGGAGCAUGAUAAGUGCCUCUCCACGUGCUGAAGCUGGGUUUCUAUCGUCACCAAGAACAUCAAACCAGUAUCUAGAAUGGAACACCAAUAGUACAUUUCAAAUGCAAUCUCCUCCAGUCCAAACAAUGGGGCGUCCUGCAGGUUAUGAUCCAAAUCGUAUUCCGUCAUCUGUUUUUUCUCCUAAACCUACAUCAGCUAUGGCAUGGAGUGUUACAUCAAAUGAAUCAUUGUUUAGUAUCCAUAUGGGGAAUAACAGCUUCUCUAGAGAUCAAGCAAUUCUUCUGGGCAAGUCUGGAGAACUCCCCAGGACAGAAGAGUGGAACAAUUCACCGUCGAAUCUUCAAUAUUUUCCCGAAGCCAGAUCUAAUGAGUUAAACAGCUUCCCUUCCAGCCUUCCCCCGGUUAUUGAAGUACCAGGACAUCAAGAAAAUAGUGUAAAAUUGGGGAAGAUGUCUAGUAUUAUAAAAGAAGAUCACAGUAAUAGCCUGAAGAUAGCCCCAGUGGAAACUGUAGAUAAUCACGGAGAGGCAAAUAUAGCUCCUGUUGAGGAAAUCCCUCCUCCUGCUACUGCCUCUAAUGCAGGAGACGGUAAAGGUACGCCUCCUGCUGAGGCUAUUUUUACUUCAUCAGGUGCCCCUCUCACUUCACCAAGUCUCCCUCGCCUUUCUGAUGAGAGUGGAAACAGCGGCUGUUCUUUUGCAUUCCCAGUAUUGGUAAAUGAUGGUGAAAAAACUGACUCGUCUAAGGUGGUUAGUGCAAAACCGCAGUUGAAGUCGCAAGUUUCUGAGGCAAAUCCUAAAGCCUUCUGGACAAGAUGGUUUUCAUCCUUCCCCAGUUGGCCACGUUGUUGUUAA